AUGGGUGAAUUACUCUCAAAAUUAGAGGCAUCACAAUGUUCUUUAUGUAUGGGAUACAUGGAAAACUAUAUGUAUUGCGAAACAUGUAAACGUUAUCUGUGUGUUCCUUGUAAAGAGAAGCAUGUGAUUGAUCUGGACACCAAAUAUCACGAUGUGAUUCACCCUUUAAAGGAUAGUGAUUGGAUGAGACCAGAGUCUUGCGAGAGACACCCAGACAGAAACUAUUUAUACUGGUGUCAGUCAUGUGAAUGUCCAGUUUGUGACUCUUGUCAUGAACAUCAAAGACACAAAAUUCUAGACAUUACAUCUACCUACAAAAUUCAAAGACAGGAACACUGGGAUAUAAUUGUUGAUAUCAGAAGUGAAAGACUUCUGUACAAUCAAGCCAUUAUUUCAAAAAUUAAAUCGGAUUUCAAAACUUGUCAAACGGCUUUGAUCGUACUCCGGAUAAAAAUAAUAUCAGAAGCUCAGCGAGAAAAGAAACUGAUAGAUAUUGUUUUGAAUAAUACAAAUGAGGCGUACUUUAAGAUCAACUCUAAACUACAACAAUCGAAGCAAAAUAUCAAAGAUGUAGAGAAGUAUAUGUUCAGAUUUGAACAUUCAGCGAACAAAGCAGUACAUUUUUUAUUAUUUAUAAAAAGGAAACCUGCUUCCAGGAUGAGGGACAUUCCUAAAAUUUUUACAUUCUCCCUGAAAAAUGAAAUCAAUAUGGAAGAUGUUAUUUUGUUUCAAGGCAAAGUCAAACUCAUCGAGACCGACAAAAGACGGAUAGAUAAUGAUCGACUCUUGAAAAUAAUGACUAGACCCGUGUUACAGAAAACUUUCACUGUCCCUGGUGCUAGUUGUGGUAAGCGCAUUUCUUUUGUGUCUUCAGACCGGAUCUGGAUAAGUGGUGGUGGCAAUGAUCUCUUCUUGAUCGACUCAACUGGUAACAUUUUACACCAUCGAACAGAUAGCCAAAAUGCUUGUAACGGUUCACAAACAGUAAGUCUGGCUGGAGAACUCAUUUACAUAGACUUGGAUUCUAAUAUCUGUAAACUUUGUAAGGACAACAAAGCACAAAUUACACUGAUGAAUAAAUCUGAACAAUGGGAACCAUUGGAAAUAUUUUGUUCUCAAUUCUCCGGAGAUCUGCUUGUUUUGAUGAAAAAAUAUAUCUGGACAUAUAUCGGGACAUUAGAAAUCUGUGAUAUAAAAAGUAAAGUUAUUAGAUUCAAUGGAAUAGAGGAGGAAGCCCAAACCUUCCAGUUUGAUGACAAUGGUCGUAACCUUUAUUAUGAUCCUGAGCACAUCACAGAGAAUCGAAACGGAGAUGUUAUUGUUUCUGAUGAGUAUAACGAGUAUAGUCUUGAACGAUCAUUUCUAGUUGUUACAGAUCGAAAUGGAAGAUAUCGUUUUAGUUACUAUGGAUCACAGUAUGACCCUCAACUGAAACUUGAACCGUGGGGAAUUUGUACAGAUGCACUAUCAAAUAUCCUUAUAGCUAACCAAAGCUCAAGCACAGUGCAUAUGAUAGACAAGGAUGGCAAAUUCCUUUCCUUGCUACUAACAGAGGAACACGGUAUUAGUGGUCCAUGGGGUCUCAGUUACGACGAAAAAUCUCAUCUUCUUUGGGUUGGAUCUAUUAAUGACAAUAGGUUGUGUGUGUACAGAUAUAUUGAAAGACAGAACCACAUUGUAUAA